UCCUCGCCGAUGGUUCCCAUGCUCAUCCAGUCUCUCGUGGUGCUGCAGGUUCUCGGCCCUGCGUACAACCCGGCGUACAUGGCCUUCUCCCUGGACAACCCUCGGGGCGGCGGCGGCGGCUUCGGCCCUUUCCAGUCCGACGUGCGCGACACGCGCGGUGCGGGCGAGGGGCUGGACGUGCAGCAGUACUCGGGGGGCGACUCACUCAGCCCUUUCUCCGUGGACGAGGACUUCAGCAUGGUGCUCGGCGACGAGCCCGCGUGGCAGACGCAGUACGACAUGCCGUCCGUCACGCUGAGCGGCGGCGCGGACGUGGGCGGCGGGGGAGCCUACCACAGCUACAGGACGUCGGCGGGCAGGCGCGCGCGCGAAGCCCCGGCCGGGGAGGGCGCUGCCGAGGACGCGGUCGUCACCGAGACCGACGCCGAGGAUGCGUCUGCGGCCCGUGCGGGGCGGGCGGCGUGGAGCAUCCCGAUGGGCGCCGGCAGGGACAUGCAGUGGCACUGCGAGUCCCCGCUGCGCUGGGUGGACCUCGGCCCCGACUACUUCCCCCGCUACCUGCGCUCCGCCGACUGCGGCCACCACACGUGCACCGGGUCGGGCUUUGUCUGCCGGCCGCGCUCCUUCUCCGUCAAGGUGCUGCGGCGGCGUGAGGGUGUGUGCGCGCCCGCGUCCGACCUGCCCCGCGAGGAGUCCACCGUCGGCCUGCCACACGACCUGAGGGACAUGUGGGUCUGGGAGCUGCGCGCCGUCAACUUCUGCUGCGUGUGCAGCAUGCGCGGCUGAGUCCGGUUGGUUUCUGACAUGGCCAGCCCAUGACGGGUCGUCUCGCCUUAGUGCAGGACUUGUUCAUAGCAACAUUUAUGCCAUGUUGAACCCUUUCUUCUCGACAUAUUGUUAUUGUGUGCUGUUCAGAUUUUUUUGUCGUGUGUACAGACUGUUGUAUGGAGUGGGAACCAGGGUAAUUCUCUUGCAUUCUUUCAUCACCAUCAUUCAUUCCUAUCCACAACACCAUAAUUCAUGUUUUUCUAGCUGCUUCGCUUCAUCUCACAAAUUUGUCUUACCAAGUUAUUUGUUGUUUAAUUUUAUUUGUACUGUUAAGUGUAGCUGGACUUUUAUAUGGUCUCUCUCUACCUCUACCACAAUCAACUCCUGUAAAAAUAUAGAAUUGAAAUGCCAAAUAUUUAUAAAUUCGCCCUGUGUCUAAUUUGUAGAUAUUAAGUUGCAUUGUUCAUAGAUGUCUUUGAUAGGCAAAUGUAUAUUAAUGUACUUAGAGUGAAAAAAAUAUAUUAUUUAUGGAAAGGAGAUGUUUUAAA